UAGCAUGAUGUCUGGGAAGAAUGUCAAGGGAGAGGGAAAAAACCCAUCUCCCAUGGUGAAUAACAAAGCACAGAAAGCAGAACACACCUUGUGCAGUCAAUAUGAGGAGAAGGUUCGUCCCUGUAUUGAUCUCAUUGACUCCCUGAGAGCCCUUGGAGUAGAAAAGGACCUGGCUUUGCCAGCAAUUGCAGUGAUUGGAGACCAGAGUUCUGGAAAAAGCUCGGUUCUAGAAGCCCUGUCCGGAGUCGCUCUUCCUAGAGGCAGUGGUAUUGUUACCAGAUGUCCUUUAGAGCUCAAACUGAAGAAAGUGCAUUACACGCAGGAAUGGAAAGGAAAAAUUACUUACUUGGCGAUAAAGCAAGAAUUGAAUGGUCCUUCCGAAGUGGAAAAAGAAAUAAGGAAAGCCCAGGAUGCAAUGGCUGGUGAAGGAGUGGGCAUUAGCCAAGAAUUAAUUUCCCUAGAAAUUAGCUCCCCAAAUGUUCCAGAUCUGACACUGAUUGAUCUGCCAGGGAUUGCUAGGGUGGCUGUGGGGAAUCAGCCAAAAGACAUUGGAAAUCAGAUCAUAAAUCUAAUUAAAAAGUAUAUUUGUAAGCAACAAACUAUAAAUCUGGUAGUGGUACCAAGUAAUGUGGAUAUUGCAACUACAGAGGCCCUAAAAAUGGCUAAAGAGGUGGACCCUAAGGGGGAGAGAACUCUAGGGAUUCUCACAAAACCCGAUUUGGUCGACAGGGGAACCGAGAGCAAUGUAGUUGACAUUGUCCGAAAUCUCAGCAUCCCCCUAAGGAAGGGCUACUUGAUUGUUAAAUGUCGUGGGCAGCAAGACAUCCAUGACAACUUGACACUGGCCUCUGCAAUUCAGAAAGAGAGAGAAUUCUUUGAGGAGCAUGAAUAUUUUAGUAUUCUUUUGGAAGAAAGAAAAGCUACUAUCCCACUUUUGGCAGAGAAACUUACACAGGAACUGAUAGAGCACAUUAAUAAAUCACUACCAACUUUAGAAAAUCAGAUAAAGGACAAACUCCGGGUGGCAAACAACAAGCUACAAAAAUAUGGCAAAGGUGUGCCAGAAUCAGUAGAAGAGCAGAUGCUCUUCCUAGUAGAUAAACUCAAACUCUUUAACCAGGACAUCAUGAAUUCAGUGCAAGGAGAAGAAAUUUUAACUGAUAAAACAAAACAAAGACUAUUCACAAAAGUUCGCAAGUACUUUAAUGAAUGGGAAGCCCAUAUUAAUAACAGUACACUGAAAGUAAAAGAAAUUAUGAAAGAAGAAGUGUGGGGCUUUGAAAAUCACUAUCGUGGAAGAGAGCUCCCAGGUUUUGUCAAUUACAAGACAUUUGAGGCCAUUGUGAAACAACAAAUUGUGCUGCUGAAAUCACCAGCUAUCAUGAUACUGAAGACAGUGACUGAGCUUGUACGAGAAACUUUUACUGAAAUUGCCAUGCAACACUUUGAGAACUUUUUCUAUCUUUUCAGAGAAGCUAAGACUAGAAUUGAAGUCAUAAAACAAAAACAAGAGGAGGAAGCUGAAACUGUAAUUGCCAAUCAGUUCAAAAUGGAACGCAUCGUUUACUGUCAGGACAGUCUUUAUCAUGAGGAUUUACAGGAAAUUAGAAAAACUACUGGAGUCCUCCCUCUUGGUGUUGCUGUUACUCAUGUUAAGUCUAUUGCAUCUCAAAAACAGUAUUCCAUUGAUGAAAUGGCUUAUCACUUGAAUGCAUAUUUCAAGGGUGCAGGCAAUCGUCUCUCCACUCAAAUUCCUUUGAUUAUUCAGUCCUACGUCCUCCAGGACUACACUGAAAAGUUACAGAAUGCAAUGUUGCAACUUUUGCAAGAUAAAGAUAAGUUCAGCAUUCUUCUUCUUGAGAAGAAAGAUGCUGCCACUGAAAGGAAAAAUGUGAAAGAAAGAAUUAAACGUCUGACACAAGCUCGACAACGCUUAGCAAAGUUCCCAGGUUAAAGCAGAUGUAUACUGCUUACUGUAUUUUUCACUCCAUGCAUCUGAUGAAGUGGA